AUUAGGUUUAUAUAAACAUAAUUAGUUCCUAAACUUGAUUAGGAAACAAUAAUUGUUUCUUUUGUGGAUAAGGCACGUAAAGGGGCAUAAGCCCAGUAGUAAUUCCUCAUGUGUUAGGGAACAAUAAGGAGAAUGUAUCAUCAUAAGUAUUGGAGAAUGUUAGUUGACAAUAACUCUGAUUUUUUUUUGACGAAACAAAAACCCUAAACGGAAGAAGUCCCUUUCUUACGAUGCAAGGAACAAAAUCUCUGGCUUGUACACAGAGAGAAACGUCCGUUGUUCAGCUCCGAAAGAGGCAAGGUUGGAAGGAAAGUACUGGUCUGGGAAUCAUCAAACAGGGACUAGGAGCAGAGACAAAUAUACAAAGGAGGAAGAAAACAGACAAGUCUCAGGCUACAACUUCUCCAAAUAGUGAAAAAGUGUCCAGUGUUAUUGGUGAUUCUUCUGAAUCAAGCAAUUCAUUGGCUGCUAUCAAUUCUUCUAACAUUGGAUUUCAGCUCCUAAAGAAGCAUGGCUGGAAGGAAGGUACUGGUCUUGGAAUCGCUGAACAAGGUAUAUUGGAGCCUCUACAAGCAGAGCCAAAACAUAACAAACAAGGACUAGGAUCUGAAAAACCAGCUAAGAGAAAAGCGGCACAGACUCAGGAUACAUCUUCUGAAGAAGUAUCAAAGAAGAGCAAGAAACUUUCUAAGAAAUUGCGGAAGAUGAUUGAGCACGAAAAACGCUUAGCUGAAAACGAAUUAGAACGAGCCUUCCGCAGGGAGUUCUGGCCUGAUAAUAUAUAACUAGGUUUUCUCAUUUUGUUCUUAUUGACCCUAGAUGU